AUGAAUGAUAUCUUGAAUGAAAGUGAUGAUUCUACUGAAGAGUUGAGGGACGAGGACCCUCAAAAUGUAGAGUCUGAAGUUCACAGUGAAAAUAAUGUGGAAGUUGAUGAGGAUGAUGUCAUUCCUAUUGCCAACAUAAUGAAGAGAAUCAUUGUGAAUGUAACCAAGACUCAAGACAAAGAUACUCAAGAAAAGGCUAAAUUAGUGGUGGAUGUUGAUGAAGAGAUUGAAACUGAUGAAGAACAUGUUGUUACUGUGAUGAAGAGUAUGUCUAGUGGAGAAAGAUGUACAUCCCAAAUCCCUAUGAAGGAUAAUGUAACUAAGAAGCAAAAAACUCCAAAAGGAAAGUUUGUGACAAAGAUAAGAAUGGUAGAAAGUAAAGUUGUUGAAAAGAAGUCUCUACAAAGAAAUCUUGUACAAUCAAGUGACUCUAAGACAGAUGGAAGCAAGGAGUAUAGAAAGGUAUAUGUAAGAAGAAAGUGUGUGAAGUUUUCACCUUCCAUCAUUAAUUACUUUUUGGGUAGGACCAAGUUUGCUGGGUCAGAUAAGGUUCCCUCCAUUAACAAGAUAGUCAAGGAAAUAACUGGAACCAAGACAGAGCUGAAUUUUGGAGAUUAUGUGUUUGAGAAAAUUAUGAAACAUGUUGAUGCUUUUGCUGUGAAGCUACCCAUAACGUUUCCUUGUUUACUAACUAGAAUUAUCUUGAAUCAACAACCUGAGAUUGUGCAUCUAGAAAAAGCUCAAUACAAAAAUGCAGGGCCACUAAAACUUGAUUAUAUGCUGUUUGUCGGAGCACAUGUUUCAAACAUUGUGGUGAGAAGGUACCAAGGUCAAUCUGUUUAUGGGAACUCUUCUCCUUUAUCCAAUUCUACCAGAAAGGAUGUGUUGGUUGAGCUCAUUGAGGUUUCAAAAUUCCUUCAUAAAACCAUUAGAGAAAGCACCAUUAGGAAGAAGAAUAUGGAUGAAUUGAUCAAAAUGAUGACCAAAGAGAAGGAAGUUUAG